AUGCGUUAUAGAAGAGCCACGCUCCUGAAGCCCAUCCAAGCCGUCGAUGAAGAAGAUGGAGAGUUUUAUCCUUGGCUGUUCGAUACUUGCGCCAAGUGCUCAGAAUUGGAAGUGAGCAAACAAAGCCGCCGGCCCGUCUUCGCCGUCCAUCGUUAUAGGACGAAGAAAGGGGGAGGAGAGAGAUGUUGGUUGUAUCGCCCCAGAAACGGUGCCAUAUUUACUGGCAGCUGCGCAACACUGGAUCAGGGCGGCCAGCUGCUUGGAGAUGUCUAUGCAUCUCCUGAGGGCAGCCUUAAGGCCGAAGUCUUGCCCACCUCGAGCAUUGGAGAGUACGGAUUCUACAUCGCUGUGAGCUUGGCAGCAACGGCGGGAGGAAGCGACACACGGAAGGAAGGUCAGGAGCGCCUGCAUGAUAAAUACGAAUCUAAGUAA